AUAACGGCCACAUGCAGAUAUAAAUUUGUAUUUAAGCGAUGUAUAACAGUUAUUUUUGCAUCAACAUGAAGCUCGUGCUUGUGUUGAGUUUAGUGGCGGUAUGCUGCCAUGCAGCAACAGAGAAGCAGGCGAGGAAGUUUCCAGAUGACUUCGUCUUCGGCUGCGCUACUGCUGCUUACCAGAUAGAAGGAGCUUGGAAUGAAGAUGUUAAAAGCGAAAAUGUCUGGGAUUACUUGACGCACACCAACCCGACAAUAAUCACAGACCAGAGCAACGGUGACGUCGCCGCCGACUCGUACCACCACGUGGAACGCGACGUGGAGAUGAUGCGCGAGCUGGGGCUGGACGCGUACCGCUUCUCUCUCUCCUGGUCCAGGAUCCUUCCCACGGGCUUUGCCAAUGAAGUGAACCAAGCCGGCAUCAACUACUACAACAACCUUAUUAACGAAAUGCUCAAAUACAACAUUCAACCCUUGGUGACAAUGUACCACUGGGACCUACCGCAGAGACUGCAAGAGUUGGGCGGAUUCGCGAACCCACUUAUCAUCAACUGGUUUGAGGACUACGCGAGGGUGGUGUUCGAGAACUUCGGCGACAGAGUCAAGUUUUGGAUCACAUUCAACGAGCCUCGAGAGAUCUGCUACGAAGGUUACGGUUCCAAUACCAAGGCGCCCAUACUCAACGCCACUGGUGUCGGUACUUAUCUCUGCGCUAAAAAUCUCCUCAUUGCUCAUGCUAAGGCAUACUACCUCUAUAACAAAGAUUUCAAAGCGAGACAGGGCGGCGAGUGCGGCAUCACCAUCAGUGUCAACUGGUUCGGACCUCUCACCGACUCCGAAGAAGACGAGUUCGCUGCUGAACUCAGACGACAAGCUGAGUGGGGUAUCUAUGCGAACCCAUUUUUCUCUGCCGAGGGCGGCUUCCCUAAAGAGAUUGCAGCUCGUAUUGCCGAAAAGAGCGCACAGCAAGGCUAUUCGCGGUCCCGAUUGCCAGAAUUCACUGACGAAGAGAAGGAACUUGUAAAAGGAGCAUCAGACUUCUUCGGCGUCAACCACUACUCCGGGAGCCUGAACUCCGCCACGCAGUACAUCGAGCAGCAUCCCGUACCCUCGCUCUGGGACGACAUUGGCAUCGGCUCUUACGUUCCUCCGGAGUGGAAGCCCUCAGCUUCAUCAUGGCUAGUGCUAUCUCCCAACAGCGUCUACAACGCCCUCACGCAUCUGGCCAAGUACAACAACCCAGUGUUCUACAUCACCGAGAACGGCUGGUCCGACAACCCGACUGAUAGCCUGCAGGAUGACGACCGUAUCGCCUACUAUCGCGCCACGCUUGAGAGCGUGUUGGACACUCUGGAUGCAGGAGUUAAUCUCAAAGGGUACAUGACCUGGAGUCUCAUGGACAACUUCGAGUGGAAUCAAGGAUAUACGGAACGUUUCGGCCUGUACGAGGUAGACUUCAACAGUCCAGAGCGCACGCGCACCCCUCGCAAGUCCGCCUUCGUUUACAAGGAGAUCUUGAGGACCCGCACCAUAGACCAUAGCUACAAUCCUCCAUCUCUAGUGAUGACCAUAGACGAGGGACACAAGCACAUUGCAUCUCUUUGGAAUUUGGACUGCAGUCUAUUUAGCAGUGAAAAAAAGCAACUUUGCAGCAUAAUGUUGAUUUGGACAAGUUUUAUGGCAGUCAGCUGCCUCGUCGUCACUAAGGCGCAUGAGAGGCACUUCCCAGAAGACUUCCUGUUCGGGUGUUCUACAGCCGCCUACCAGAUUGAAGGAGGCUGGAACGAAGAUGGAAAAGGUGAAAAUAUCUGGGAUUACAUGACGCAUACCAAUCCAACUGUGAUCAAAGAUCAGAGUAAUGGUGAUGUCUCUGCUGAUUCGUACCACAAUUACAAACGCGAUGUGGAGAUGAUGCGCGAGCUGGGACUGGACGCAUACCGCUUCUCUCUCUCCUGGUCCAGGAUCCUCCCCACGGGCUUCGCCAAUGAAGUGAACCAAGCCGGCAUCAACUACUACAACAACCUCAUUAACGAAAUGAUCAAAUACAACAUCACACCUGUGGUAGCAUUAUAUCACUGGGAUCUGCCUCAAAAACUACAAGAAUUAGGCGGAUUUGCCAACCAUCUGAUAACUGACUGGUUCGAGGACUACGCAAGGGUUGUGUACAAAAACUUUGGCGAUAGAGUGAAGUUCUGGCUAACAUUUAACGAGCCUCGUGAGAUCUGCUACCAAGGUUAUGGUACCACUUUAAAAGCGCCUAUACUUAACGCCACUGCUGUAGGUACAUACAUCUGCGCCAAAAACCUCGUCAUUGCUCAUGCUAAGGCAUACUACCUCUACAACAACGAGUUCAAAGCGAGUCAGGGCGGCGAGUGCGGCAUCACCAUCAGUGUCAACUGGUUCGGACCUCUCACCGACUCCGAAGAAGACGAGUUCGCUGCUGAACUCAGACGACAAGCUGAGUGGGGGUUGUACGCAAACCCUAUAUUCUCCGAAGAAGGAGGCUUCCCGAAAGAACUGGUGGACAGAGUAGCAGCAAAAAGCGCCAGUCAAGGAUAUUCCAAGUCCCGAUUGCCCGUCUUUACUGAAGAUGAGAAGACUUUUGUAAAAGGAUCAGCUGAUUUUUUCGGCGUAAACCACUACACCGGUGUUUUGAUAAGUGCUUCAGAUGAGUAUAAGACAACAAUUUAUCCGGUGCCGUCGAUAUACGACGAUAUUGAUGUUGGCGCGUACGUGUCUCCGGAUUGGCCGGUUGCAGCGUCUUCUUGGCUCAGACUUACGCCAAACAGCAUAUACAACGCCCUCACUCACCUAAAUUCAAAAUAUAAGGAUCUAACCAUAUACAUCAUGGAGAAUGGCUGGUCCGAAUCACCUGGCAGUGGACUGAUUGAUGACCGUAGAAUCGCAUAUUACAGAGCGGCGUUAGAGAGCGUUCUAGAUACUUUAGAAGCCGGUGUUAAUCUCAAGGGAUAUUUUACUUGGAGUCUAAUGGACAAUUUUGAAUGGAUGGAGGGAUAUACGGAAUGCUAUGGUCUUUACGAAGUGGAUUUCAACGACCCUGCUCGCAAGCGAACUGCGCGCAAGUCUGCAUUCGUGUACAAAAACAUUAUUGAAACCCGUGUUAUCGAUCAUAACUACGAACCUGACUCUUUGUGUAUGACCAUUACUGAUGCAAAUUAAUGAAAAGAAUUGCUAUUAUGGAUUUUCAUUCAAAAAAAAAAUUAUAAAAAUGUGUCUGUUUAUUUUAGCGCCAUCUCUAUUUGAGAUAUUUUCAACUUGACUUUUCGAAAUUCGAAUCUUCAGUACAGUUUAGUUCACACAGGGAGGUUCGUGUACUGAAAAAAAUUGCACUGAUGGAUGUAAAUUCUUAUAAUAAUGUAACAUCAUCAACCUGCUUUUACGAUUAGUAACAAAGAAAUUUGCGUAAACUUAAUAUUGAUAAUAUGUUAUUGUUUUCGAAAGCGACCGUUUUAAAAACUUUUAGCAAUA